AUGGAACAGUACAACAAGCCGAAGAGUAGAACUUUCACUACGAAAAUAGUGCAACAUUUCCCGAAUAAUUUUCAACCCUAUCUGCGAUUAAUCCGUUUCGAUCGUCCAAUUGGUACUUACCUAUUAUAUUUGCCUUGCACUUGGAGCAUCUCGAUGGCCGCUACACCAGGCCACUUGCCUGAUUUGAAAACGUUGGCUGUAUUUGGAAUAGGAGCAUUAGUCAUGAGAGGUGCAGGGUGUACUAUUAAUGAUAUGUGGGAUUCCGAUUUCGAUAAAAAGGUUUUCCGAACCCGUGAUCGUCCAAUUGCUUCUGGCACUAUUGCACAUAAACAAGCAUUGGGAUUUUUAGCCGCACAAUUGACUGUGGGUCUAAGUAUAUUACUAUCUCUUAAUCAAUACAGUAUCAUCUUAGGAGCAUGUUCCGUCCCGUUUGUAAUUGUCUACCCGUUAAUGAAACGUUUCACUUUUUGGCCGCAACUCUUUCUUGGGAUCACUUUCAAUUGGGGUGCUUUGCUAGGUUAUGCUGCGGUCAAUGGGUAUUGCGAUUGGAAUGUUGUUAUUCCAUUAUAUGCAGCUAGUAUCUCUUGGACGUUAUUUUACGAUACAAUUUAUGCCCAUCAGGAUAAAGAUGACGAUCGUUUCAUUAACGUCAAAUCCACCGCUCUUCUGUUUGGUGAUAAUACCAAACAUUGGUUAUCACUUUUCGCCGGUAUCACUACGACUGGCUUAGUAUUGUCUGGUCUAUCAGCUCAUCAAACUUGGCCUUAUUUUGCUGCUGUUGGAGGUGGAUUUGCUCACUUACUAUACCAGAUCUACAGUGUGAACAUAUCUAAUACCGAUAGUUGUCUGAAAGUAUUCAAAUCCAAUAUGUGGUAUGGCUUAAUCAUAUUUACUGGUAUUAUUGGAGGUAAAUUACUACUAAGGGAAGGCAAAGAAGAACAGCAAAGUAGUCAAUGA